ACCAACAACUUAAAGCAGACACAUAUAUGGUGAACAGUAGCUACUUCUUUAUUUCUGCAUCAAAAGUUCCUCGUUAUCGUUUAAAACAUGGCUGGAAUUCAAAUCUUAACUUUUUUGAUGGUGUUAUCAGCUACAAAUAUAGAUUCAACAGAUGUUUUUGUGUCAAAAAGUGACGGAGAAGAUCAAAAGAAUUGUGGAGAACAGCUGUUCACUCCCUGCAAAUCACUGGAAUAUGUGCUUCAAAACAAAACUGGGAUGUCAGAGCUGAAAAUCAAAAUAGACGGAGGUACCGAUAUGUUAAAACCUCACAUAUACCUCGUUAAUAAAUCUACUAUCCUUGACAAAAACAUCACCCUGUGCAAAAGUGGUGACAUUCGUCCAUCUGUUGCUAGAACGGACGAAUCAUCUCCUUGGUUUUUAUAUGAGAAUUGUGAAAAGAGGCGGACUCUAAAUGUGGACGGCAUUCAAUUUUACCAAAUAUCACUGAUUCGUAUCAAGUGUAACGUAACAAUUACAAUCUCAGACUGUCUUAUUGAUAGUAGCUUACAUUUCAUAACAACAGGCUUUACACAAUCAGCUCAUUAUUUAGCUGAUGUCGAAAUAUUGAACUGCAAAAUAAGUAAUUCACAACUAUUAUUUCAAGUGAUUGCUCAUCUGAAAUUAAACAUAAAUAAUACAAGCAUCCAAGGAGGCAAAAAAAAGUUCCUGCUAAUGAAAUACGCUGGGAAUUUUAAUUUUAGAAUGUCAAACUGUGUUUUAAGUGGUGGGAUCGCAUUUUUUCUAGACUAUUUCGCCCAAGAUGUAAGAAAUAUAACCAAAAUCAUAGAUAUAUCAAACACGCAAUUUCUUGGAAAAAACAAACAUAAAACUGCAAUAUUAGUCGAAACAUUUGCCAUAGUUACCAUUAGAUAUUGUUAUUUUAAUGGUUACACUAAAACUGCAGUCUCAUUAUCAAUAAGUCAUCUGUUUAUAACGGGGUCUAAUUUUUCGGAUAACAAUGAUGGAGCUUUGUAUGUUUCAGACGGUAAGGGAUUGAUAAGUAGAAGUGUAUUCUUAAAUAACACUGCAAAGUUUGGAGGGGCGAUAUAUUUGUCAGGUACAUCAUUAGAAAUAAGAAAUUCGCAGUUCAUCUCAAAUGUAGCAAAGAUUUCUGGUGGAGCUAUACAUAGCGACUACCCGAAUCGUUUUACCGAACUUAAAUUACGCAAUGUUAUUUUAUUAGGCAAAACAAAAUUUCCAAAAGUUUCAGGUGUUUUAAUGUAUUCGUCAACGCAUUUAGAUUUAAUUAAUGUUAGUAUGGUGCUCCAGUCAACGUUGCCAAGCUGGCCUGGAAAUGGAUUUCAUUGCAAUCCGGAUUGCGUUGCUUACAUGUAUAAUAAAAGUUAUGAUUUUGCUUACACCUGCCCAGAAAAUCAUGACAUUGAGCCUAUUUUUACAACGUAUCGUGAAGAGAAGAUUAUUGCAACAAUUCUUUGUAUUAGAUGCAAAAUGUCAACUUACAUUGAGCCGCGAGGAAGUAUAAAAUUUUCCCACAAUAAGAGUGGUACAAUGAGAACGGAUAUUAACUCAAAAUGUCAAAAGUGUCCAUUGGGCGCCAAUUGUAACGACAAACUAAUUAGUCGAGGGAAUUUUUGGGGCUAUCGAUCAAUAAAAGAACAGGGUAUAAAGUUUUUACCGUGCCCACCAUUGUAUUGUUGUUCAACUUAUGGCUCGAAAUGCAUCUCCUAUAACUCUUGUAAUAAGAAUAGGAACGGAUAUUUAUGCGGUUCUUGCAUACCAGGGUACAGAGUAAAUUAUUUUGAUGGUGAAUGCGUUUCCAAUAAGAGCUGUUGGAAGUCCUUAUUCUGGGUGCUUUACAUUUUCUAUGUGAUUCUUUACACGGGUUUGCUGUUGUUUUACAAAGAUCUAUUUUUAUUUGUGUUAAAGCAAAUUCACAGAUUGAAAGGAAAACGUAAAAACAGAGAUACUCUGACCGAACCAUUAUUUGAAAACAAUGAAAAUAGAGUAUCUCAAUACGAAGAAGUGUAUGAUGAUUCCGGGUCAAACUAUGCAAUCAGCCUUAGAAGUAAUACAAGUACCGAUUUUGAUAAUAUUAGUCAAACAAGCGACGAUGUCUUAUCAGAAACUGAAUACCUAGACCCAAGUAUAGUAAGAAACAUUACUGGUUUGAAAACAAUAUUAUUUUUCUUUUACCAAAUCGAGGCCUUAUUACAGAUUCGACAAAGGGAUAAAGAAAAUCACGCAUUCUUAAAUAGCGUUAGCAAUGCAAUCUCAUCGGUGCUAAAUUUGCAAGUUAUUUCUAUGAAAAUUUCAAAGCUCUGCCCAUAUGAGAAUUUUACAAACGUUGGUAAAGAAUUCGUUCAAAGUAUUACAGUUCCAAUGGCAAUUAUUUUUCUUUUCCUUGUUCUGGGUGCUAGAACACUUCAUCAAGCAUGGAAAAAAAUAAUCAAAGGAUGCAAGCAAUGGACACACCAGGCCAAAACAUUUCCAAUAAAGAUUAAAUUGUGUCUAAUCCAGUUGACGCUGCUAGGUUACACUGGAAUUUCAGCAUUCUGUUUGAAAAUGGUAAAUUGCGUCAAUGUAAACGAUACAUAUUAUUUGUACAUACAAGGUGAUGUUGUUUGUUACUCAUGGUGGCAAUGUCUAAUCAUCGUGUUCCUUUCCAUUUGGGUUGUGCCAUUCCCUUUAUCAACAUAUCUAUCGCUAAAACUGCUAGAUAGUGGGUUUGUAUCCAUAUCUCGAUUUUACAUUUGUUUUGUCCUUCCUCCAUAUGCAAUAUACCUGUAUAUAUUAAAGAAGAAACUGAAGAUGGUAAAUGUUACCGUAAUCUCCGCAGAUAACAAGGAAAAAGAUGCCAUCAUCGAACUGUUUACUAAGCCGUAUAGAAAAAAUACAUCUACAGACGGUUCAAUUAACUGGGAAGUGGUUGUAUUGAUGCGGCGUCUAACCUUGUCAAUUAUUUGCAUGUGCAUCCAUAAUCCAGUUUUCAAGAUGAUUCUCACAUUCCCUACGCUUUUGUUAUAUCAACUUCAUCACUGGUAUUCAAGACCAUUUUUUAAAAACGUGUUAAACAGAUUGGAAACAGUGUCGUUGUCAACAUUGAUUGUUUUCAAUGUUUUUGAUUUGAUUUGGGCACAAGAUUACCUGUAUGAUCUUUCAAAUUUACCAGGCUUUGAGUUGAUGAAUACUGUUUUCAUUUGGAUUCGCGACAUUGUCUUAAUAUUACCACCAUUGGCAAUCCUUGUUAUUAUACUAAUCGCUGCAGUAAGAAAGCUUUUUUGGGGGAUAAAAAAAUAUGUUAGAGACAGAGAUUCUGAUGACGAUACAUAAAAUGUGACCUUCUUACCAGCUGAUUACCAUACACGUGUAUUUGAUCAAUAGUGACUUUAUUCAAAAGUAUUAUACGGGAUUUUCAGUUUGUCAAUUUAGUAAUUUAGCGUACUAUUUUGUUUGACAACUGUUUUUAUAUUUUUUUGAGCAAGUGAAAUACGCUAAUGAUUUUAGUGUAAAUGGUAUAUUGCGAAAAGCACAUUUUGCUUGUAUUUAUUUUCACUCGUAUGUUUUAAGCUUUAGCAGAUAGAUUUGGAUUAAAAAUUAACAAGAGUUUUUAUACGUGUGUGAAUUUCAUUUUUACAGUAAAUAUCCUACAAUCUGAAUUUUUUGUUGUUGCUUGUUAGUUUAUUUGAAUCUCUGUUUUAAUACGACACUUAACUUUUAGAAACUUUUCUCCCAGCUUAAAAUUUUUUUUCCUAACUUUGUUAUAUGCAUAAUUAACAAUUUAGCAUUGUAUUUACCGGUUCGGCACCUACAUUUGUGACGAUAUAUUUUGUAGAGAAAACCCUGUAAAUACAGUUAAAAAUAGUAAAUAACACUUUUGUAUACCUAAAGCAUUUUAUAUUAUAAUCAGAAACAAAAUUUCUUUUCUAUUCAUUUACAAAAAAAGAGGUAGAAAACUUGUACAUUGCAAUUAGGCGUGUAAGUAAUAAAGACAAGAUGUUAUUUGUUCUUUGCAAACUGCGUCUUUUUUAUGUAUGGUCUUUUGUAUUCAUGGCGACAUACUGCGAAACAAAAAUGACAGAUGUGUGGAACUCCAUUUUAAGGGAAACUUUUCGAAAUACAUGGAUUUCCGGUUGCGGUCCGGUUUUACCCUUUCUUUAUAAUUCCAAAUUGUGUUGUAUAAUACAUCUGGUUUGAAUCGUUAUCUUAAUGUUACGCCAAGCGGUUUUGUUGGUUUCGUAUCUAGUCUGUUAUUUGGCGUAAAAGAAAAA